AGGCUUCCUUCAAGCUUCAGAGAAGUAGCACAGCCCCGCUCAUCCGCUCACCUCGACCCCCAAGGGAAGUCAGCUCCCCAGACCACCGGCAAAGCGGCCCAGACCACCAGACCGCCACCAUGAACACCAGAAUCUUCGUGCUUUUGUCUGUCUUAGCCUGUGUGGCUCUCGCCCAGCAUAGGGGAAUGACAAGCUCUCGAUGCCUCUGCCGACGUGUCCGGGACAAAUUUGGACCCCCUAAAAACAUCCUGGACAUUCAGAUUUACCCCCCUUCCAAUUCCUGUGACAGCCUGGAAGUUGUUGUUAGUCUGAAGAAUGGGUUGCAGUACUGCCUGGAUCCAAGGGUGCAGAAAGUGCAGGAGAUUAUCGCAAACCUGCAGGCCAUCAAAAAAAGCAGAGAACAAGCAGAGUCACUUUCUGAGGCCGGCACCAGUGAGCCGUAGGCCCCCGACCCACCGCCCACCAUGGACCAGCGUGUCCAGAAGCUCUUCUUGAAUGUCUGUGGUGUAAAACUCACCAGCUUAUACUUCAAUGCACUUUCUUCAUAAUUUGGGUUUAUUUUUUUAUACUGCUGUUGCUGUGAUCGUCUUUGCAUGCUGCAUUCUAUUACUUUUUAAAUAAAAAUAUGUAUGCAGAGGAAAUUGUACAACCAGAUGCGGAUUGCGUUGUGACCUUUCUGCGCUGGCAAUGGAAUACCAAAGAGAUGUAUUACAUACUUGUUAUUAAUUGCCGUGUUUGUGAAUUGUUUGCAGAUUUUUUUUUACAAAAAAAAAACACAAAAAUAAAAGUCUGUG